AUGGGUAGCAGGCAUGAGUUUUCCGAUGGUUAUUCCGACACCUCCGACGAAGAUUCCGGCGAAGAAACGGCGGAAGACGAGCCCACCAAAAAGACCAUUUAUGGCACAUUCGAUCCAGGUGUUCUUCAAGCAUGGGACCAAGUUUACGUGGUGGUUUGCACCAUCGGUCUGUUCAUCGACCCGAUCUUCUUCUACUCACUCUCCAUAAGCGAUUCGUGGAUGUGUGUGUUCUUGGACGGGUGGUUCGCCGCCACCGUCACGGUAGUCCGGUGCAUGACCGAUGCCUUACACGUGGCGAACAUGUGGUUGCAGUUCAAGUGGAACAGGUGGUACCGACACGACGUCGGAUUAAGACCCUACGAGAAAGCUUCAUGCCACGUGACAAACCGGCAGGUUCUGAAACAGGCCGGAAGGGGAGUCCUCUUUGAUCUCUUCGUCAUCCUCCCCAUCCCACAGGUGGUGUUAUGGGUAGUGAUUCCGGCAUUGUUAAAGAGGGGUUUGACGACGGAGGUUAUGACGAUAGCUUUAAUCACGUUCUUGUUUCAAUACCUACCGAAGAUUUAUCACUCGAUACGUCUUCUACGACGGAUGCAAAAUCUUUCGGGCUACGUUUUCGGUACCGUUUGGUGGGGAAUUGCUCUCAAUUUGAUCGCCUACUUCGUUGCCUCUCAUGCCGUGGGAGCUUGUUGGUACUUGCUUGGUAUGCAACGAGUAGCAAAAUGCUUGCGGGAAAAAUGCAUGGAAGCAAACGGACGUUGUGUUUCAAGAUUUUUGACGUGUCAAAACCCCAUUUAUUAUGGCUCGAACGACUUAGUGAGAGAUAAGACGAGACUCUUGUGGGGAUUGAACAAAGCGGCGAGAUCCACUUGCCUUGAGAACGACGACGACGAUGAUUACAGCUACGGAGCUUUGAAAUGGACUCUUCAACUCGUUGCCAACGAUAGUCGUUUGGAGAAGAUACUUUUUCCCAUUUUUUGGGGACUCAUGAAUCUCAGUACGUUUGGGAACUUGGAGAGCACGACGGAUUGGCUAGAAGUUGUUUUCAUCAUCAUUGUUAUCACAUUGGGGCUUCUUCUCGUCACCAUGUUGAUUGGAAAUAUCAAGGUAUUUUUGCACGCGACAACAUCAAAAAAACAAGCUAUGCAAUUGAAAAUGAGAAAUAUAGAGUGGUGGAUGAGGAGGCGGCGCCUCCCUCAGGAAUUCCGACAACGAGUACGAAACUACGAGCGUCAACGAUGGGCGGCAAUGCGUGGUGUGGAUGAGUGUGAAAUGAUACGCAAUCUCCCUGAGUGUCUGCGGAGAGACAUUAAGUAUCACCUUUGCUUGGAUUUGGUUCGACAGGUACCUUUAUUUCAACAUAUGGAUAGUUUGGUCCUCGAGAACAUAUGUGACCGUGUCAAGUCCCUCAUCUUCACCAAGGGAGAAACCAUUGCUCGAGAAGGAGAUCCUGUACAACGAAUCUUGUUCAUAGUAAGAGGCCAUCUACAGAGCAACCAAGUUCUACGAGAUGGCGUCAAAAGUUGUUGCAUGUUAGGCCCCGGGAACUUUAGUGGCGACGAGCUCUUAUCAUGGUGCCUCAGACGACCCUUCAUCGAGAGACUACCUCCAUCAUCAUCGACACUCGUCACCCUGGAGACAACCGAGGCUUUUGCUCUAGAAGCGGAUGAUGUGAAGUAUGUAACACAACAUUUUAGGUACACGUUCGUGAAUGAAAAGGUGAAGAGGAGUGCACGAUAUUAUUCUCCGGGGUGGAGGACAUGGGCGGCCGUGGCUAUUCAGUUGGCAUGGAGGAGGUACAGACAUCGGUUGACUUUGACUUCACUGUCGUUCAUUAGGCCAAGAAGACCGUUAUCAAGGUGUUCUUCACUUGGGGAGGAUAGGCUCAGGCUCUACACGGCUUUGUUGACUUCACCUAAGCCGAAUCAAGAUGAUUUUGACUUUUAG